CAUCCGGGCUGGUUAUCCGCGUGCAUCCUCUCAGGGGCCAUACAUAGCAGCRGUGAUCCAAUUAGAGACAGAUUACAUUCCUAUUAAUGUAUUACUUACGAAUGUUUACAGACGCUUUGUUCUUUCAAGUGGCCAUAUGAGGGAUAUUAGACCGACCCUAAUUGGAUGUCAAAUGGCCUAAUCUGAGUGGUAUGGAAUGACUUKCGGGGUUAUUUACUCCACAUCAYAGCACACAGACAAUAYACUCAACAACCAAGACGCCCAUUUUUCUCGCACGGUASWCACUUUCGCGAAAAAUGUCAAAUAGUUUUAGCAUCAGCGCUCUACUUGGGGAAUCUCGUAAAAGUCCYGAAGAGAUCCAAAGAGAUGAAACUAGYGAGAAGGCGCAGAAUGAGGAUGAUUAUGGCACUUCAAGUCGUGAAACUGGUGAAGACGACAGCGGCGCGGAAUCAGUUUCUGAUGAAAUCGAAAAAGCUUUCUACGAACAUGGCGAGCACACGACAAUCUUGCACGACCARAAGAUCCACAGCAACAAAGCAAGACGGAGACGAACGGCGUUCACAAGCAGCCAACUUAAAUCACUAGAGGAGAAAUUUCAAGAAAAGAAAUACCUUACAAUCAGCGAACGAAACAGCCUGGCAAARGCGAUGCAUUUGACUGAUACUCAGGUCAAAACUUGGUUUCAAAAUCGACGGACAAAAUGGAAAAAGCAAAUGGCGCCGGAAUAUGAAGCUACGAUCAGAAACGAAGGUUUAARCGCACUUUAUGGACAGAGUUUCACAGCUAUACCUUUUAGUUACUAUUCUGGGACAGAUUAUGGCAUUCCCUUGAUGCMUUCGUCGCAAGCUUUUGGAGUUUUACCAGGUUUUCGCUUUCCUCCUUCGAACUUACAAGUGUUGUAUUCCAACAUGUCUUUGUAUCCUUACUGAAAARAACUCAACAGAGGGACAUUCUUCGCAAUAAUAUUUCAACUACAGUAUUUAUUCCUAUACACGGAAUGCAUGCUAACAUUCUGGUAUUAAAUUAUUAUCUGGUUUGCCAAGGAAAAUGAUUGUAAAUAGACUGGAUAUUAAAGUGUACAGGGUCUUUGUACAAACUGAAACGACAAUCUUUAUAGGUUUUCAUUCGCUUUGCUGGGAGUCACGCUGAGGGAUGACAAUGCAAGACUUUAUCAACAAUUAAUCAGUUUAUUAAGUAUCUUUGAUUUGAAAUCGUUGUUUUGUGAAAAUCUCCUCUUAGUAUUAUUUAGAAUCGGAAUUAUCAGAUGAGUCUCUCUGUAUGCUGCGCGCGCUGGAUUGUUUUCAACUUACUGUAUUAGUCAAUACGCGAUUGUCUUGAAAACAUUCACAACUAAUUAACUUCCUUUCCUUUUCUUAAUAGAWGGUCUAGUGUAAAAGUUAAUUUAAUAAAUGGUCUGGUAAAGAUUUAGACUAUAGAGCAAAAAAAAAAAAAACGAUUAGACCAAGCUAUUUAACUUUGACCUCAACUCGAAACAGCGACUUCUGUGACACCAAAACAAACAAUCCGUAGUCAUUCUCUCGUAGCACUGACUGUAUCUAAUGGCAUUCGUAUCCGUUAUUAGCAGACUAUUUAAAUUACUACAUCCGCAUUAAAAAAACUGGUAACAGUGUGUGGUUUUCUAGAAGUUUCGAAAAUUAAGUUGAUCUGUCGUCAAUUGAACGAAACUACUGUUGGCUUAUAGACGCGCCGCGUUUAGGUUAAUCGUAUUUAGAUAAUAUUAUAUGAGUGUUGCGUGGGAUUUGAAGAGUUCAUUUACAGUAUUUCAAGUUUCUAUAGAUUUGUAUCUCAUGAAURAGGUUUUUAAAACGCUUUGAGUAUUCAUUUAAACAGUUUUUUGAAUCGAUCGUCUCCCACGAUGUUACUAGGUGAUCUUGGUGGCCAUCUUGGUCACCACUAAACCAACAUUGUUGGCCAUACGGUUGACUAUUCUAUUGUAAUGCUCCUUUAGAAUGAUAUUUUCUUUGAAAAAGU